AUGAAUGGGUACGGAGGACACCACCACCUGGACGAUGAAGCGUUCGGGGAAAAGUCUCAGCUGCAGGGCGGCUUGAAGACAUUCGACGCCUUCCGUACGUCUCCCCAUCUUUUCGCCGUGUUGUCUUACGACGGCCAGCCCGAUUGCUCAAUCGAGACAGUCGGCGCGCGUGAAUCCCAGCCUAUCCGCCUCGGGAAGUUUGUAAACAAGGUCAAGCUAACCACCCCAUCCAGCCAAAACAAAGCCCUCAUACACCGCUCCCUCCCGCCGCGGCGGACAAUGGGACCGUCCUCAUCCUCAUUAUCUGCACCGUCUUCUCCGUCUCCGAAUUCCGCACCUGGGCUCCGCGGCACCGAGAACCACCACUUCAGCGUCGAGAAGGGCGUCUCGCACGACCUCCAGCUGAACCUGGACAUCGUCGUCGAGAUGCCCUGCGAUACCCUCGACGUCAACAUCCAGGACGCCGCCGGUGACCGCGUCCUGGCCGGCGAGCUGCUCAAGCGCGAGCCCACCAGCUGGCAACUGUGGAUGGACAAGCGCAACUACGAGUCCUACGGUGGCUCCCACGAGUACCAGACCCUCAGCCAGGAGGACGCCGGCCGGCUGGAGGCCCAGGACGAGGACGCCCACGUGCACCACGUCCUCGGCGAGGUGCGCCGCAACCCGCGCAAGAAGUUCCCCAAGUCGCCCAAGCUGCGCCGUGGCGACGCCGUCGACUCGUGCCGCAUCUACGGCAGUCUCGAGGGGAACAAGGUGCAGGGUGACUUUCACAUCACGGCGCGCGGCCAUGGAUACCGAGAUUUUGCGCCGCACCUGGAUCACCAGACCUUCAACUUCAGCCACAUGAUCACCGAGCUCUCCUUCGGCCCACACUAUCCCACCCUCCUCAACCCCCUCGACAAGACCAUCGCCGAGACCGAAACCCACUACUACAAGUUCCAGUAUUUCCUCUCCGUCGUGCCGACCAUCUACUCCAAGGGCAACCGCGUCCUGGACACGUACUCGAUCGCGCCGCCGACGCUGCACGAUAACAGCCGCCACAACAAGAACCUCGUCUUCACGAACCAGUACGCCGCCACCAGCCAGUCCGACGCCCUCCCCGAGAGCCCGUUCUUCGUCCCCGGCAUCUUCUUCAAGUACAACAUCGAGCCCAUCCUGCUGCUCAUCAGCGAGGAGCGCGGCAGCUUCCUGUCGCUGCUGAUCCGCCUCGUCAACACCGUCUCCGGUGUCAUGGUCACCGGCGGGUGGCUGUACCAGAUGUCCGGGUGGGUAGCCGAGCUGGUGAGCCGGAGACGGGGCCGUGCGAAGUCCGAGGGUGUGCUGAAUGGGAAGCAUUAUGCGGAGGAUUAG